UCUGCGAGAGGCUGUCCAGGACCAGUCUGUGAAGCCACAACUCCAGUGCCUGAUGGUGGAUCAAUCGUUCUCUAUGGUGACCGUUCAGAGCGAGGACAGCGGUAUUGUUUGGGAGACGGCCUCUAGUCGCUGCUCUACGCCAUGGGCCUCUGAGACCAGCUCCACCUCUGAAGCCUACAGCAUGGAGGGGCCUGGAGCCGCGGGAAAGAUCACCAUCGUCUUUGAUGAGGAGAAAGUAAUCCGCAGGAGGACGAGGUCCGGAGGAAGGAGCCGUCUGGGGGACAGGCUGAGCCGACCUGGUAGUUCAAGGUCGGCUUCAGUCCUGGGAGUGGAGCGACCUGAGAUGGCGGGGGUUUCUCUUCCUAACAUUAAAAAGGAGAAAAGCGAAACAGAGCCCGACUUGGAGGAAAUCAAAAACAAAGAUCAGCAGCUGUUUAGUUUGAUUUCAGAGGGUUACGAGAUUCUCAACAUCAGAGUCCCCUCCAAACUUCCCACUGUGGAUGAGGAAGAGAGCACAGAGUUGAAGGACAAUUUGUCCUAUUUGGACCAGACACCAAUGAUCAGGUCCCGAAACAACCCUGACUGGACACAGAAUCCAGCCCUGCAGGAGGAGGGGGGGGAAGUACUGGAUCCCCAUGAGCUCUCAAAGCAAGACUCUUCUCAGCUGUCAGAGGACACAGCACACAGACAUGCACUCACUCAGAAAGAGAGCACAGUGGACAUAGAUUACUUCGAGCCGUUCACCAUGGUUGAUGUGGCGGUUCCUGAGGAAGACGAGCCAGAGCAGCAGGAGGAGGAAGAACAGCCUGCAGCAAAGCCCAACGUCGAGGAGCAAAAGGAGACAGCCACAGACAGCCUGUCUGCAUCGGAGGACUCCUUUGACUUUGUUACAGAUGUGGAUAUAGUUGGGGAACACCUGGAUGAGGUCUUUUACGGAGAAGGAGCUCCUGCUGACGCGCUGCAGCGGAGCAAUGAAGAUGAGGCUGAGGGUAGGAUGGGAAUGAGACUAGAAAGCCAGAGAUCUGUGAAGGAGAAAGGCUCUGUGUUGUUUGGGGGUGAAGACACCAUCCUCACGCCCAUUUUUAUCUCCUCUGGACCCCCUAAGAUCAUCGACCAAAUCCUGUUGGAUGAGCCCACCGCCAUGUCCUUCAUGUACUCUGACCUUUACGAGGAUGCUGUAGGCGAGAGGACAAGGAGCGACGAGGAACACUCUGAGGCAGAGAGCGUUUCAUCUGAGAAGACCUACAGGAGACGCUUUUCAGAUUCAGAGGAGGACGGGUACCUGGAGAAGUUUACUUUGAAGGAUGACAUUCCCUCGGUGGAGGUUCAACCAGAGUCAGAGGAGGGUCAGAAGGAGGGUCAGAAGGAGGGAAGGGUUAUAUGGUCGCAGAGUAGGUUUGAUAUGACAGGAUGUCUUACAAGAGUGGACAAAGAGGAAGAGAAGGACAAGACGGUUGUUGAAGAUAAAAGUGAAGAUUUACAAUCAGCAACAUUUGAAGAGAAAGGAGAAAUAGUUGCAGUGGCAGGAAAGGAACAGGAAAUACAACUCUCUGCUGUGACUGAAGAGCAGGCUGUCAGAGGAGCUUCAGAGGAAGUGAUUCAGGAUAUUAAACCUGGAGAUGAUCAGAGGGAGGACCAGGAGGUGAAACAUGAGGUAAAAGAAGACCAGAUCCAACCUACCGAGAGCCACACUGAAAAACCACUUCCUGAAACUCAACAGGUGGACAGUAAAGUAGAGAAAGCAAAGGGAAGUGAGGAACAUGAGACGGAUUUGCCGUCAGAAACAACUAGCAUUGUUGAAGCCGAGCAGCCGCGUCAGACACGAAAAGGGGUAGAAGAAACAGCUCAGGUGGAGGUAAGCGCUACAGCACCUGGAGACAGUGAGGAGCCUCACAUCAUCCCUGAGAAGAGUUUGUCUGAGGAGAGUAUUGACACUAAGAUGGCUGCUGCUAGUGGGAACGUAGAAGCCGAGGCCAUAACUGAAAGACAGGAAAUGCACACCUCGACUGAAAUAGAGACAUCUAUCUGUGGGAAACAAGAAGCAGCAGAAGGUGUUCCUGAGGACGUUGCACCUGUAGAGGUCCUCGCUGACUGUGAUGCUGCAGUACAUGCGUUGGUGGAGGUAACUGAAAAGACAGUGGAUGAAAAAGAGAUCCAAACUCAAGUUCAGAUUGAUCUUCAGGAAUUAACAAGCACUGAGACCAAAGACAUUCAAACAGCAGCUCCUGAAGGGGAAGACAGCGCUCUAACAGAUGAAACCGCAGUCGAGAGCCAGUCCCCUGAAUUAAUAAUCGAUAUCGCCGAAGCUGAUCAGGAGCCAGAGGUUAAAGCAGAGAUUUCAAGUGAAGUAGUAGAACCUGAGAGGCCAGAAGAAGUCAAGAUCGAUUCACAGGAAACACAGCAUGAGUCAAGGCCUGACAGUGAGCUCACACCUGAAGCCAAAGAUGAAACAAGCGCUGAGGUAACUGGGAGUGUUGCUCAGGAGAAGGUUAAUGUAGAUGAUGAGUUUAUCCUCCUUGUUCCCAAAGGACAAGCUGUAGAGGUGGACAUAGAGUUCAGUCAGACAUCAGAGAAGUCUACAAGUGAUACAGUAGCUCUUUCUGAACCUGACAGCACAUGUGAAGCAAUAAUUGCUCCUGAACCCACUGCAGUAUGCCGAGAGACUCUUCAGGCUCCUAAUGAAGAAACAACGGCAGAGACUCAUCUGGAAGUAAAACAGGAAGUUGCAGAGAUAGAAACACUACGCAGAAACGAGUUAGAUGCUAAGUACUCUCCUCCAGCACCUGCAGAGGAGCAUCCCAUAGAAUCUGAACCCACCACAACAUGCCCAGAGACUCUCCAUGAAGAAACAAUGACGGAACUGGAAACAAACGUUGCGCAGCAGGAAGAUGUUCUACCCAGAAACCAGUUAGACACUACGUACUCUCCUCCAGCAACUACGGAGGAGGGCAACGCAGAGGAGCAGAAGAUGGAGUUGGACUUUAUAGAAGACGAGGGUGUUGUUUCCACUCUGAGGAGCUUUACUCCCCAGGAAGAUUUGUCUGAGCUACAGCCAGAGGAAAUACAGACAGAAGCAGCCGAUGUAGAACAAAAGGUAGAAAUGCCCACAGUGGAAGAGGCCCCAGAAACAAGCCCUGUUAAAGAGGAUUUCAUUCCAGAAACGGAUCUGCACAAAGAGGAUGGAGACCAAAAGAUCGAGCAAGAUGUGGAAGUUGCAGAGGCUCAAGAGGACAUUGUUGAGGAGCUUGGAUAUGAGAUCAUAUCGAAACAGGAUGUCAAAAAGAUGCCCGAACCUGAGAUACACAGAGAUGCAGAGGAACCAAAACUGGAGUCUGGUCAGGAGAAAGAACAGAGGAUGGAGAUGGAGGAGGCGGAGGAGAAAGUCCUUGAUGUGUCCCCAGAAGAAGAGGUCAUUGAAGCUGAUUAUGACAUCAUUGACGCAGAGGAGCAGAGUCAGGCCCAGCUGGCUGCAGAGCUGCAGGGGAUGGACUGGUUCUGUCUGACCUGUGGCGGUCUGCUGGCCGAGGACGACUGCAGCUCGGAGGAGCAUCACGACCACGAAGUCAGUGCUGUGGACCAGGCCUAUGAGGAAAUCAAGGAGAAGCUGAGCGACUGGAUCUCAGAGCUUCAGGGCAGGUCGGAGAACAUCGAGGACCUGGUGUCUGAGCUCGAGCUGGCCUACAACUCUGUAGAGGACCAGUUUGUGGAAAGCGAGGCCGCGAUGCAGGCGCAGAAUGAGGGGAUGAUGGUUCUGGUGAUGGAGCAGUACAACAACAUGUCUGUCAGCAUGGAGGAGGAGAAGAAAGCCAAAUUGGAGCAGCUUUACGACCAGAUUGUGUCGUUCCAGGAGAGCAUCGACUCGGCCAAGGCCACUCUGGAGACCACGGCCCGAGAGGCUGAGACUGACGCCCGGUCACCUGAUGAAAUUCAUGCAAGUCUCAAGGCAGCUCUAGACUCAGCCAUGUCACUAGAGCUGGGUCCCAAGGGCCUGCUGGUGUUCGAGGAUUACGCCAAGGGCAACACUUCCAGCUCUAACCUCGCACAGCGCAAAGGAAUCCCAGUGCCUCAGAGGCCCACGCUGCAGGCUCAGGAGCCGGGCUCAGCCUCCAGCACCAGCGUCACUGUCUACUGGAAGGUCAACCCUGGAGACAUCAUAGACUGCUUCCAGGUCUACUGCAUGGAGGAUCCACAAGGAGCGGUGUCAGAGGAGUACCGUGUGACGGUGAAGGAGAGUUACUGUGUGCUGGAGGAGCUGGAGCCUGACAAGACCUACAAAGUGUGGGUGAUGGCCGUCAACUACACAGGCUGCUCCCUGCCCAGCGAGAGACUCACCUUCAGAACCGCUCCAUCAGUGCCAGUGAUCGACACGGAGCGCUGCACUGUCAUGUGGGACUCAGCCACGCUGCGAUGGAGCUCAACAAAUCUGACUCCAGAGCAGAGUUACACCCUGGAGUACUGUCGCCAGUAUGAGCUGGAGGGAGAGGGGCUCAGGUCCAUCUCAGCGAUCAGAAGCUGUGAACAGAAGGUUCUCCUGCAGCCCAAUGAGAAUUAUCUGUUUUACAUCAAAGCUGUGAAUGAGUCUGGAGCCAGCGAACAGAGCGAGGCGGCCCUCAUUUCCAGCAAAGGGACGAGGUUCCACCUGCUGAAGGCCUCGGCCCACCCUGCUCUGGAGCUGUCAGUGGAUCAGACCACUGUGCACUACUCUCAGGACGCACACGAAAACACACAAUCUACAGACACACAGUGUCCAUCCAUCCUGGGAGAGCUGUUGCCGGCACACGGACAUUACUACUGGGAGACCGUGGUGUCGAGGAGCACAGCUUACAGGAUCGGAGUGGCAGACAGCACAGCCAAUAGAAACAGCCCACUGGGAGAAAACAGCUUGUCAUGGUGUUUGCAGUGUAUCUCAACACCAUCAGGCUGCAGUUAUCAGCUGCUGCACAAUGACGUCCAGUCCAGUGUGUUUGUGAUGGAGAUGCCUGAGCGGGUGGGCACUCUCCUGGAUUACAAGCUUGGUCGUCUGUCUUUCUACAACGCUCAGAGUGGGCAGCUGUUGGGCUCUUUCUGCCAGCGCUUCCCCCAGCCGUGCCACCCUGCUCUGGGCCUGGAGGUGCCGGGCAGCCUGGAGGUCAGCAUGGUGCAGGAGGUGCCGGAGUUUACCAAGGACAGCUAGCUCUCACUCUCUGAGGAGUUUACAGUUCAUGUUGGACAUCAUUUGAUUUGAAGGAUCUCAUCGUAUAACAAUUGAAAUGAAACUGCAGAUAUGCAGGAUGUAAAAGAUGUGAAGAAGACAGAGGACUAACUUGUUCCCAUUCUUCUCCAAUUAUUGGUUUGUGUGUUUUUUUGUUUACCUCAACAACACGCCGUCUCUGAUAAACAGGAAACAAACCCAACAUGUAUCUCUUUUUUAAGCAGAAGCUGUCUUGUCAAAUCAGUGAAAAUAUGACAGUCUGGAAAACAACUCGAUUGAAAUUGAGUGCCUUGCAUUUCUUUCCACAGUUGAGUGUCUUCCUUUGUUUGGUCAAUGGCAUGUUUUGGAUCAUUUUGUAAAUUUGGCCAUAAUAUUUGCUGAUUUGAUUGUUUUUUUUACUGUAAAUGUUCUAGGAUUGACUAAUUUAACGUGUUCAUUCAUCAUUGAAGCGAAACACACAUUGUACUCAAACAAUAGUAAAGCCUUUUACUUUGGAGUUUAUAGCUCCAAGAAACAUACUGUGGCACUUUUGAACUGUAUUUCAUAUUGUGAAUUUGUGUAAAUAACCUUUGUAAACAGAUGUGACCUCUUCUAUAUUUUGUUAUGUGAGACUGGUCGCAAGAGGAGACUCAUUUUUUUUCUCUCUUUGACUUGUAAACUGUUGUUAACAUCUGAGCUGAAUUAACAUGUUUAUUUUUCUAUUUGCACAACUGGACUACUUGUUUGUUUUCAGCUCAUAUAACACACACCUACCACCAGAGGGCCUCAUCCCUCCAUUGGCUGUGAUAUCGGCUCAAAAUGUGUUCCUAACAACUCCUGCAAAAUCUAUCAUGCACUUAAUAGCCGUCCCAGAUUGAUUUUGAUGAAUUACAGCUACUGUAGAUGUGGGAGCCAUACACCUCACAGACAGGCUACAUGGUUCUCCAGAGGACAUGUCUUUUAACAAUUAUUACAAAACUAUUUUUCCAGGCAUUUUCCCCGAAUUCCUGUGGAAACAGAAGGAGGGGAGUGAAAGGGAUUGUGGUGUAAAUACAUAAAGACUGCCAGGGAACAGCUGAUGGCUUCCAUGUGAUUUGUUGGACUGCUUUUUAUAAUUGUCAGCCUCAUUUCACCGAGAAUGGGACUGCUAACACUGCGUUGCGAAGUUGAAUAUUUGUAGUUAAAGAGAUGCUCACACAAAACAUUAAUAUCUUCUUUAGCACAACAUUGACAACAGAUCCAGAUGUGCUAAUUAUUUCCCAUUGCCACACCUAUUCAACGCCAGCCAAGAUAAGACUCAAGAUUCUCCCUCACAGGACCGAUGAUUUAGAAAACAUUUGAUGAUGUUCAGCAUGCUUACCCUACAGCUUAAACAUUCUCAUGUUUUCCAAGUCUAAGGCCAAAACCAAACAAAGAGCUCUCUAUCCUCCAAACAUAACCAGCUGAUCACUCAGUAGGCAUGGUGAGCAGCGUAAGCUUCUACGGGAAAAUCACCCAAUAGCAUGCCUUGCAAACAGCUCAUCUGUUGACUGUUUCAAGGGAAAUUAUAUUAAGCGUGAAUUUGCUUGGGAGAAAAAAAGACAGUGAUCAUAGUUGGAUUAUCUUAUUUGUAUUUCAAUAAUAUGAUGACAGUCGUUACCAGCCGUCCACAGAGAAUGAACAGAAACAAAAAUGAUGAAGAUAAUUUACGGGAAUGUAUCAAAGUGAUGAAGGACACUGUUAACAUGUUGACAAUUGUAUAAAGACACUCACAGUCGUGUAGGCACACACAUAUGUUCCUCACCAGCCUGUUUGUUGUCGCUAAGAUUUGUUAUUGGAAACACACACACUUUUGUUUCUUUACCGAGAAUGGAACCAUGAAGUGAUUUUAGGGACUUUAGAGCCAAACUAUCUUUACAAGAGUUAUUUCCUUUGGACUGACACCCAGGGAAGCUAUGAACGUGUUGACAUGGAGUAAACAUGCAUUAGGCUGUGAGAAAAUUAGGGAACAAAACAAUAAAGAAAAGUGGCAACUCAUUUUACUGUCCAAUUUCAGAAAUUCAGACAGUUAAAGUAAGAAAAAAAGGCAACUAAUGAGACAUUACCAAAUGGGACAGACACCUCAGUUUUAACACGAUAAACGUUAAAUAGGCACAACAUAGCAGAAAAUCUAAACAAACAAAGACUGCAAAAAAGUGGAGAACCAUGGCAACAACAACAGUAAGUGGUUUGUUAAUGAUACAGAGCAUCUUGCAUAAACAAUGAAUUAUAAUGAAAAGACACACACUGGUUUCUCAUACACACAAACACAGAUUAGUGCCACAUAUUGUGAAUAACUUAAUACAGCGAGUAUAAAUGUCCUCCGUGUUUCUAGCAGAGCGGGAAGGAGCUAUUCGGCUCUAAUAGAGGGACCAUUGCAUUGAUUUGAAUCGUGAACAUAUUUACAACUAUACAUCUUUACAAAGCAGAGGCGGUGAGAGCAAAGAAAGCUAAUGUUAGGAUAUUCCUAUAGUCCCCACUGCAUACCUACUGUAUGUUAGUCUAACUGAAUGUCAUUAGAAAUCACAGGUUUUUCUUUUUUACAGCAGAUAGGAGGAUGUGAGCUCAGAGUGGCGCUAAAGGAUCUGGGACCCAUGUUUUUCAUGGUGAAACACAGAUUUAUAAACUGGAAUAACAUCAGAUAUCUAAAGAAAUCUAGGUGUUUCAGCACAGAUUUCAUAUUUUAGUGAUAUCUUGAAAGGCAUACUAUGCAGGAAUUGUUGCUUGCCGUUUGUAAAAGCGCAGAUGUCCCCUUCUCCCCCCCUCCCCCCAGGCUCAUAUACACCAGAAGUGGGAGACCACACAGUGAACCACAUGUUGCGUCACAUACAGCAAGCUCAAAGCCAACCUCAGACUGGAAUGAGCUUGGUCCACUUAGGGAUGUUGGCUGUGUCCACCAUGACCCUUAGAAACAACCUGGACACAGAAAACACAAGGAGAAAAUACUCUAGGGGGGGCAGGGUCUCUGCUGAUAAAUCUCCACACACCAUUCGAGUCAUUAGUGGUGAUUGAAAGGGAGUCUAAGCAUCGUUUUUUGGGGGGAAAACGGCAUAAUAUACCUUUCAAUAUGUUAAAUAUAAAGGGUUGUAGAGAAAAUAUAUACUUCCUACAGGAAU